CUUUUGAGGGUGGCUCUUUUUCAAUAAUUCCGUCUUCUAUCUCGUUUGGGUUGCGGGGCCUGGGCCAGCUUCCGGAUCUUGGUCUUGGAUUACCGGAGCUGGGCCCACUUUUGGAUCUUGGUCUUUGUCCUGUGUG